AUGGGGUGUGCUGGUCCUGUCCUGUGUGUAGUAGCGGAGGCGGCGGGGGAGGGGGCGGAUGGGGAUGGAUGGAUGCCUUUUAAUAUCAGACCGGCCGUGAAGGUUGUGUUGUUUGUCCUUUUGCAGACUCCAUCCACUCUCUCUCUCUAUAAUGAACAGUCCGACCGUUUCGACAAUUCCGCCUCCCUUUGUGUCCUGGCUGGGCAGAUGGCAGAUGGCAGAUGGCUACUGGCUAAUGAGAGAGCGAGCAGAAAGCAGAUGGCGGACUGCGGCGAAGGCACUGGCACCAACCACCACGUACUGCGACUUGCUUCCCGUCUCAGGUGUAUCCUCUACGACGUCGUUGUCGCUGUCGUUUUCGUGGUUCUCGUCCUCUCCUCAAUCGAUAUUAGAUCGUACGCCGACAGUCUGCAUCAAAUGAAAGCGUGCCCCGAAAACAAAGGUCAGGACAACAGAAUAAGCAAUGGACAGGCCAACACAGGUAGCAAGACUGAAGAAGCGCAAUUGGUUGAGACAUACGACGCCUCCCCAGUACAAAACGAGGUGGUGGAAUGCAAAUUUUCACUCGACUCGACGACUACCACUGCCGCUACGACGACCACGACCACGACCAUGGCCACUACUACUACAUACACACCACUAAUUACUGAGGGAACGACAGGCUCCUUUGGUGUGAAUCGACGGCUCUGGCUGGGCAGAAUGCGCGGUUUCACCUCCCGCGACAGGUUACAUUUUCUAGGCCUGCCCCGCCUCCUUCACGUCCUCUUCAUGCAAGCGAGACGCAACAGCAUGCCAUUUUGUGGCGCCUUUUGCCAAGGGUGCCGGAAAGAAUGGCUGUAA